AUGCCAUUGCAACCAGGCGAGCGGUAUACAAGCAUAGAAGUUGAUACGAUGAAACAACUGGGUCACACUGAACAUCGACUAAAACUGUAUGAAACCCUGAGGAAAACAGAAACUAAUCCAAACAUACUGCUAGCGGUUGGUGCAAUCAAAAUGCUGAACUUCAGUCUCAAAAGUGAAAACAAUCAAAUAGAAGCUUUUGAAGGAGAUAUUCUCAUGGAAGAUAUCCAGACAAUCAACAGAGAUCUUGACAGAGAAGAAGAGAACGUCAUUUCUCUGAGCAAUGGAGCUUUGAGUUAUUUGUUGGCUCACGUUGUCGGGGAACAGUAUUGCACAGCAACAUCCAAAAGAUCGGACGUAUUUGUGUUUUCACUGAACACAUGCGAAAUCCAUUCUCACGGAGUAAUUCGCGACGAUUUUCAGAAAUUGAAAGACAACUUCAAUUUACUCGUUCGCACAAAUCGACCGACGGAUAUCUACAAGAAAAAAUACUUGCUCUUUCCUGUAUCUUUCCGUGCAGAAACUUACUGCACAUUGGUUGUUAAUCCACAUUGCGCAGUUGUCAAGUUAAGCGAACGCGGGGAUGACACGUGUACGAUGGUUCACAUAGGAACCAAAAAUUGUGAUGAAUAUAAAGCAUUAAUAGUUCCAAAAAUUAUGAAGCUCUUAUGGCUUUUCAUGGAUCUCUAUCGGCCAGCAGCAAAAUACGUCGCAUUCAUGGAAGAUGCUAUUACCGUCCGAGAAAAAGUUCUUCCCAAAUUGCCAUACUACGAAAAAGCAUUUCAACUUGCUGUUGUUUUUGAGAGAUUACUUGGAAAAGAAUACACAAUUUCUGGCUGGGAGAACGCCAUUGAGAGUCUUGGCACAGGGAAACCAAAGAUGCGCGCUGAAAUCAAGGAACUCAGAAAAGUUAUUGGCGAGAAAAUAUAUGUCAAAGUGAUGAUGGGCUCAAACAAAGUUGCAAGUCACCUUCUUGAGAAACGAAGAAGAAUAGGAGAACACCAGAAAAAACAACGUGAAGAUGCGGCCAUUAAAAGGCCUUCCGAUUGCGACGAGUACGAUGAACCAAAGUCGAAAAUUCAGAAGAUUGAGAAAACAGAAAACAAACAGUGA